AUGCUGGUCUUCCCGCCGCCUCCCUGGAAGGUGUCUGCUCUUCUCUUCUUGCUUGUGGGUGCGUUGUCUUGCUCUCUCGAGAGGAAACUCAACCCUCUCUACAUGCACCCCGCCAGCGCGUUCUGCCUCUCAAGUUCCCCGCAGCCCUGCCACCAGAAAUCCUUUUCCUGUCCGCCGCCUGCACCGGCGGCCGCAUUUUUCCCUUCGCCGUCACCCGUGAGCCCCUCUGCGCGAUGGCCUUCGUCCGUCUCCAAGCGAGACGGUGGUAGGGCGCGAUCUGAGGCCCCGAAUCCGCGAGCGGCGCUGAGGGAAGUCCCCUCGCGCCUUUUUUCGCGUGCGACGCCAGCCCGCACUCCGUGUGCUCCGUCCUCUUCGCUGAUUCUGCGCACCAGGCGCGCCAGCCAGGUGGCGGGGUUCUCGAGCGACAGACGAGGGCUCGCCGCGGUCCGCGGCGCGGGUCUGCGGGCCCUCCGCGCGACCGUCAGGGACCGCCGCCUUCCUGGACGGGCGCUUGACCAACUCGAGCGCCUCUUGGAGGCGAAACAGUACGAGGUGAAGUUGCUCAUAGAGAGGCACGGGAGCUUGCUCGAUCCUCUCGCGCUUCGGCAGGCGUACGUACACCACACACUGAACUCGAAGCUCACGGAGCGCAUGCGCAUCCACGGCAACCUCCAGGAGCGCGACGCGCAGAUUCGCGCGAUGCAUGCUGCCCGCUGGCAGCCCAAGGGACAAUACACACACGGGGAGCUCGCGAGGGAGGCUGUGGGGCAGGCGCACGACGCGCCGAGAAAAGGUCUCAAGGCCGACGAAAAGCCAACCUACGAUGUUCACGAGGUGCUUCAGGAGACCGAAAUUCCACACCGACUGAGCGUGGCGUGCGAUUUGAAGCGGCGAAGCUGCACCAACCUCGCCGCCGAUCCGCGCCGCCUCACGUACCGCGAUCCAGGAGCCAUCGCUGUCGACUGCGCAAGCGCGGGAGCAGACAUCAUCUUGGUGAAUACCAACAAAGAAGGGUGGGACGGCAGCUACGAGGACCUGAAAGCGACCACUCAGGCUCUUCGCAGCGCCUACAAUUGGGCCGAGCGCCCUGCAGUCGUGAUGAAAGACAUCAUCAUCCACCCUAUACAGAUAGCACAGGCUGUCGAGGCGCGGGCCGACGGCGUGUAUCUCCACUUCAGCGUGGCGGGCAAGGACCUGGAGGACUUGCUUUUUGCAUGCACAACGAUGGGCACCCAAGCGCUAGUCGAGGUGCACAGCGAAGCUGAGGCGCAGCAAGCGGAAGAUGCCGGCGCCACGCUGCUGGUAGUUAAUCAGUGGGACCGCUACACGGGGCGCCUGUUCCCGGAGCACGCGCUCCGCGUAAGGAGCGCCUGUUCGCCGGAGGUCGUCGUGCUGGCCGCGGGCGGGCUCUUCUCCACGGAGGAGGCCACCAAGUGUGCAAAGAGUGGAUUCGAUGGAGUCGUUCUGGGCCAGGCUCUGACUCGACCUGGGGCGUUGGAUCUGAUUGCGGAAAUCAAGGCUUGGCGAGGCGCGCCGCGCGAACUCGUGCACCUCUUUGCUCCAAAUCCGCAGGCGGCAGCGGCUGCGGCCCGAGGCGUGGAAGAAGCCGCCGCGGCGAUCGCGGCGGAGGAGGAGGCGCUGAAGGCGCAGCGAAAGGCCCGCAGAGCAGCAGGCUCCACUGCCUCGUCCGAGACAGAGACCGGCCGCGCCGGCGAUCUGGAAGACGGCGCCGCCCACGCGGGCGCGGCGAGCGGCCCUCCUCGCCUUGGCCGGGCGGCCGCCGCGACUGGAGUGAAUGUGGCAGAGGGACAACGUGCGGGCGACGCCAAUGACGAAGGCGAGUUGGAUCUUGCGGAGAAAGUGUACCAGGAGGCCAAGCGCGGCUGGCGUCUCGAAGGCCACGACCGCCUUGCGGACUCAGGCGACGCCGACCCGCGUCCGCAGAGCUCAACGCCGCGUCCGCGCACAGAGGGAAGCCGAGCAGAGGGAAGCCGAGUAGAAGCGGCACAGGCCAGGAGAGACGCCAGCCAGCACGUCGCAAGUUCUAGUUCUGAGCGGCUUCAGGAGAGUCCGCGUGGCGGCGCUGCGUCUGCACCGGCAGACAGGAAGCGCCACCGUGACGAGGCUUCGGCUGAAGAGUUCUCUGAACGCGUGCUGCGACAGUCCGGCCCCAACUUUCAGCCCCGCCACUCAGUGUCUCUCGACACGCGGCUGGUGAGAGGGAAAGCAGUCGAUGCAUCUGCGCAGGGGGCAGACGGCUGUGCGCGCACGCCUCCGCCUGCACACAGUGGCAGGAGCGGCGACGUUCUGUCUUCGCCGCCGAGGGCGCGCACGGACGGCGUCAACCCAGGCUCCACGGCUGCGUCUCCGAUCAGUUCUCGCGCGCUGGCUCCUCCCGAAGCGGCGCCCCGUGCGUCCAGCGAAACGGCGUUCCCUCCUCCGCCGCAGGGGAUUGUUGACGUUUCCGCUGAUGAGCAGGGCGAAGCGCCCGCGCAGAAAACCGGGCCGUUCCACGACCUGUCUACGCUGCACGCGUCCGCCUCCGCGAGCGAGCGGAGGGAGCACCGCAAAGGCCUUCAGAAACCGGGCGCGUCCCCGGAAGCCGGCGAGCCGAGUCCCGACGAGGAGCAGCUUCUGCGCACGUUCACGCAUGAGCUGCUGAGCCAGAUCACGCGCGAGCAGCAGCUGAAGCGCCUGGUCCACGAAGAGCAUCGAGACCAGCAACUGGCGAUGUUUCGUUGGAACGAGAGGCUUGCGCGAGUUGCCCCUGCCUCCGACGGCCCCAGCGAGGGGGCAGAGGGCGCGGGCGCUCUGCUCGUGCCGCCUCUGGCGCUUCGCGAGCCGCUCGCGGAGGACCCGCCGGGAUCCACAGUCGCGGCAGGCUACGCCGAUCCGCUGGCUGCCGUGGCUGCGGAGGAAGACGCGCACGCUGUCGCGGAACCCUUCAGAGAGGCGUUCCCGAACGAUCCCGCACGCGCAGCGGCUGCCUGCUCGGCGGCCGCUGCUGCGGCCAUCGCCGACCCCGCGGGCUUCGCCGCUGUCGCGCGGGCGCACCUUCAGAAGGCGGCUGAGGGGGGCGCCUACACCCUCGCCGACCCGAACGACCCUGCCGCGGCGCUGAGUGCAGCCGCACCAACUCAAGCCGCAGCUGCCGCGGCCGCCGCAGCCACCGCCGCCAUCGCUAGGGGAGAGCGCGACGCGCGAGCAGCGGCGAAGGCCGCUGCUGCUGCGUUGAGGGGCGCGGCGCCUCCGAGUCCACAGGCGCUCGCGGCGAUGGCUGCUGCAGCCGUACAAGCGAGGAAGGAGCAGGGCGCGCGCCCGGACCAGCUCGCAGCCCCCUUCGCCCCGCCGACCGCGGCUAGCCUGGGCUCGGGCGAGGCGCAGAAACUCGUAGUGCCUGGGGACGAACGCAAACUGCUGGGUGCGUCUCUGCUGCCGUCUGUCCGCGAGGGCGAUGGCGCAGAGGAGGCCGCUCUUUCGAGUGGCCGCCGCAGCGGAGCGAGGGCAGGCCCGAUGGGAGGUCUGGGGGAGUCUGGCGAGGAGCCGGAGGUGUUCGACGAAGCGGAGCUCGAGCGCGUGGGGCGCCUUUUCUUCACGGAGGAGGAACUUGCAGGCUUUCUGCAGGAACUGAGGGACAAAAAGGCGACAAAGCAGGCGCUAGAGGAAGGCGCCGGAAGCGCGCGCGCGGCUACUCAACGUCCUGAACAGGCGCCGACCAGCGGCCUUGGCGGGGCGAUGGACCAAGAACGCGCUGGCGACAGCGGGCGAGCGGGGCACGCAGACGCUGCAGACCCGACGCCGCCGAAGCCACGAACCGGUUCUGAAGGCAAUGCUGUCGGCCGCACCAGCGAUGCCGCGGGUUACCAUCUUUCAAGUCCUGGAAGCACUGGGCAAGGAAGGAGACUUUCGAGUGCUGCGUCGCAGGAGGGGCGGCACGCGGUAGGCGCGACGCAAGAGCUACACGAGGCGAGACGCGCCCCUGCGCGCAGCGAGGGCGGCGCGGGCACGCCUCCUUGGACGGGCGCUGCAACUGUGUCACAGGGUGCCAGAGUUUCGGUGGAGAAAGGGGCGUCUGACGGUCCCCAAUCCAGUGAGCCCGGGUCGGAGGCGAAGGCUCCGCCGUCGGAGGGCAUGCAUUCGGCGUCUGCUCCGGAGUCCCCAGCACACGCAUGGCGGGCUGAAAAGGUAUCCUUCAGCACGGAAGAGUGGUUGGCGCGGGCAGAUCGGCGCAAGAAAGAAGAUCAACAGUUGAGACAGAGCACUGUUGACCCGCGCGCAACGCAGCCGCCCCCAGACGAGAGCGACUGGCUCAGCAAGGACAUGAGGACCGGCGCGGCUCCAGGCGGCGCCGCAGGGCUGUUGCAAGUCUCCUCGCCCGUCAGCGGCGUCAACACUCCGCCGGGCUCUCCUGCGAAACCUGCUGCGCACGCCGCGCGGGACGCUCCUCGUUUCGAGGACGGGGGCAGAGAGACGGUGUCGCGAUUCGGCACCUACACGCCUGGCCCGUCGCUGGUCACCCCGAUGGACCAGUUGGAGGCUUUCCUGCCCUACUUCCAGGGUCGCGGGAGUCACCAUCACCUGGACGACCCUCCCGAGGUUCAGGAGCGCAGGCAGCAGCAGGCGCUGCUCGAAGAGCUGAAGCUCCGGGGCGGCGACGCGGCACCGAAUCCAGCGACUUCCGCAGAGGAUGCGGAGAACGAGCUGCUGGCGGCCCUACCCCGCACGGGGCAGCACGCCUACGAGCUACUCGAGACCCAGCAGCGCCUGCACGCGCAGCGACGCGAAACGCCGCCUCCCGCAGCCGCCCUGAGCACAGAGGCGGUAGCCGCAGCCGCAAGGGCUGCAGCUGCGGCUGUGGCUGAGGGGGCCAGUCUGCAGGCAGCUUCUCGCGCAGCUACGCGGGCAGCUGCGGCGGCCUCUUCAGCGAGCUCGGCACAGAACAGUUUGCCUGGAGAUGACGCCGGGAGAAGCGACGCACUUCGGCAGACCGAGACUGCUGGGGGCGUCGGUGCAGAGAGCUUCGCGGGUAGCGAUGCCGCGGCAGCGGCUGCCGCACAAGGCGCGAUGCUGGGCGGCGAACGAGGAGCCUAUGCAGCGCUUUUGGGAAGCAAAGGCCACGGCGUUGCAGGGUUUCUCGAACAAUACGUCGACGAGCUCGCGAGAAGCGGCGGCCUGGAGGUUGGCAACAGCGACGAGGCGAGCACUUGA